AUGUCGGAUGAAAAUGAAAUGAUUAUCGUUGACGAUGACUCGCCUCCACCAUUGGAUGAUUUAGCACUUGACGACCUUCCUCCACCAUUGUCAUCAUCUUUAUCACCGUCAACACCUGUACCUAUUCAAAGUUCACGUUCCAAAAUUGCUGAGCUGGUCACGAAAAUGACAUGCAAACAUCGAAAGAACAAGCGUCAACCUGGAGAUGGCAUGUCAGAGCUCGACGAGGAUGAUGAUGAGGAUGAGAGCGACGAGGAACUUGACACUUCGAGCUCCACUAGCAGCAGUGAUGGCAACAUGACAGAUGACGUUAAUAGCAUUGAUACGGAUGAUCUGCUUGAAGAGGCUGAUGAGCUACCACCGUUACGAAACAAAAAGGUCAUCGUGUCAACGAGAAGAGUGGUUGCUAUGCUCAACAAGACGCGUGAAAAGAAGCUUCGGGCAUUGAAACAAGCCAAAACCAAGGCCAAGAAACGCGAUAACGAGCUCCUCACAGCAUUGUUGCUACGACCCCCUCCACGCAGGACGCGAAUCCAAGAUUAUCAAUAUGAUCCAGCUGCCGUUGAAGAGCUUGCCAAGCAGUACCCUGAUUCAUAUUGGCAAUUUCAUGCCGACAGAGAAUUCCCGAUGGUGGAUGUGAUUAAUGAAAAGUACCCGGUGAAAGCACUUAAUCAAAAUUUGGGUGAUCAUGGACCUGUUACUGCUAUGACCUUGUCACCGGAUGGGGUAAUUUUGGCUACAUUUUCAAGUACGGGUGCGAUCCAACUUUGGGACAUUGCAGACAAUUUUAAGCUUUUGAGACGCAUACGAGAUCAUGGAGAAACGCAGAUUGAGGAAUUCUAUUGCGGCAAGUUUUCGAAUGACCAAGAAUUGAUCGUGGCGGGUGGUAAACUCAAGAAUCGAUCUGUAUGGUCAUCCCAAGAUGAUGACAACCACAUUUUGCCGUGUCCGAUAAAGAUUUUUAGCGUGGAAACGGGCAACCGAGUAGGACAAUUGGAUGGACAUGCUGAAGAGGUUUUAUGCAUCAAAGCCGUGUCGUUCAAGGGCAAGAACUACUAUCUCAGUACAAGUCAAGAUGGCUAUAUUAUCAAAUGGCAAAUGGAUCAAGAUUGGAUUACGCUUGUAGAUUCGAUCUCCAUGGACGACGGGUUGACAUGCAUGGCAUUUACAGUGUCCUUUGUACCCAAUACGGGAAACAAGUUAUUUAUGGCAGCAUGUGAUGCGCACCUACGGCUGUAUGAUUUCGAGGAAGCUCUGCUACUCCAAACAUUCGAAGACAUUUAUUCCUCAUAUUGCGAUUGUGGAAAAUUCGUACAAUGGCUCGAUGAGUCUGAUAUGGAACAAGAUGUCACUACCGCCGAGAAAGCCAACGACGAUAGCAAAUCAGAUAAUGCCAAAGUCGAGCAAGCUGAUGACCAGCAAAAGGACAAUGACCACCAAGAAAACAAAGAAAAAGGAUCACCGGAGGAUCAAAAGGAAGCAUCCAAACAACAGCAUGCAUGGUUCAUUAGUCGAGGAGCUGAAAUAUGCGAUGUCGGUGAAGGGCUGUCAUCCAUCCCUAAUGUUUGCACAUUGCAUAAGCUCCUCUUUCCUUCAGAAACGGGAGGUCGAUUUCAGCUGGAACGAGUCAAGAGAUAUGGCCAUGAGGACUACCAUGCGAAUUCCUGGCUUGUGAAAAUCACCACCAACGGCCGAUAUCUACUAGCCCCAACUAUUUAUGGUCAACUAUUUGUAUUCAACAUGCUAACAGGGCAAGUAACAGCCGUCAUAAAAGAGCACGAAGACCUUGAAGUACGUGAUGUCAUUUUCCAUCCCUACCGACCUUUGGUGUUUUCUUCUGGAGAUGAUGGGUAUGUCAAGGUAUACACAUUCGAGGAGGGAGUUACAUAG